CCUCCCCAGCCCGGAGAGAAGGCAGGGAGCCGGGGCUGCUAAAGGCUCCAGCCUCAGAGGGACGAUGGUGGAGGGCUGGUAAAGAUGGCGGCGCUCUCAGAGGAUGGGAGGUAUGGAUUAAAUUGUGGCCAACAGAGCGCAGGCAGAGUCACCGUAUUGCACGUCAAAUUGACCGAGACAGCUCUGAGAGCGAUAGAAAGCUACCAAAAUUGUAUGAAUGUACCUUCACCGCAGCCAACAAUACAUUUCAAGGGACUUCAAGGCCGCAUUAAAAUUCCCAAGACUGAUUCAUCCUCCGACACCUUCCACAAUUUUGAUUUCUACCUGUCUAAUGUGGGCAAAGACAAUCCUCAGGGAAGUUUUGAGUGCAUCCACCAGUAUGUUUCAAGCUCAGGGGCCUCGCAUCUGGCAUUGUUGGCCACAGUCCAGGAUAAGGUCACAGUUUGUGCCACUAAUGACUCCUACCAGGUGACCCGGGAACGUAUGACCCAGGCUGUGGAGGACACACGUGAACGUGGGACCAAAGUUAUCAAGCCUGGGGGCCAGUACAGAGGAAAGCAAGUUCAUAUCCGUAAGCCGGCACUGUCAGCCCCAGAUGUGGUCCCAGAGCGUAAGCGUUCCACCCCCAUCAACCCAGCCAAUACUAUCCGCAAGUGCCUUUCAAACAACCCUGUAUCCCAGCGGCCGUUUCGAGACCGCAUCAUCCACUUGCUGGCGCUGAGGUCCUACAAAAAACUGGAAGUGCUUGCUCGUUUGCAACGUGAUGGUAUUAACCAGAAGGACCGAAAUUCCUUGGGGACCACCCUGCAACAGGUGGCCAACUUGAACCCCAAAGACAACACAUACUCAUUGAAGGACUUCAUUUACCGUGAUGUCCAGAGAGACUGGCCGGGCUACACUGAAGAUGAGAAGGUCCAGGUCGACCGGGUCCUGACUCGCAAAUUAGGUCUUACUACUGAGGUACUCUCAUCAAGCAGCUCUCCGAAAGAAAGUGUCCCUGCGUCCCCUCCGAAGCGGCAGCCAAACUUUGACUUCAUUGAUCCUUUGGCGCCCAAAAAAGCCCGCAUCUCCCACCUCAGCAACCGGGGGCCAGCCACAUCCUCAUCCUCAUCUUCCUCUGACCGCCGUGAAGAUGAGGGUAGCCCCAGUUCAAAACUGUCAUCCAUACCCUCCAGCAUCAACUCGGGUCCUCCCACCCACUUGCCCAUCUCUUCCCACCCUCCUGCACCCUCUCACCAGCAGCCUAGUCCAGCUUCCAACUCUAACUCCCCCAGCACCCCAGAGGGCUGCGGCACCCAGGACCUCCCUAUGGACCAGAGCUCCUCCUGCAGGGACCCUUCACCCAGCCCUUUCUCCUGUGACAGAUCUUUGCAGGACCGCUAUCGGCACCCGGUUCCACACCCCGGAUCAGCUGCCUCCCCCAGCCCUCCCCCCUGCACCUCACUCACAGUUAGCUCCACUGCCAUCUCCAGCCCUUCUUCGUCCAGCACUUCUAACAAAAAGUUGAAGAAGAAAUCCAAGAAGCACAAAGAAAAAGACAGAGAGAAGGAGAAAGGGAAAAGAGGCAGAAGUAAUCCUCCCGACGCAGCCGAGCAGACUGAAGAGAGUCGUAAAGCCAGAAAGAGGCGCAGUACUGAAGAAAACAAAGAAGUUAUCAACGGGAAUCCUCACAGAGAUCAAGACUCUUCUGACAAAGAGAAGCCAGUCCAGUCCACUGAAUUUCCCAGUAGUGAGAUCCCGGACUAUGUCGUGAAGUACAAACCGUUGGGAUCAAUGGACCAGCGCCAAAGUUAUAAGGAUGACUUCAAUGCUGAGUAUGAUGAGUACCGUCAGCUGCACGCCCGUGUGGAGAACAUCACCCGCCACUUUACCCAGCUGGAUACCCAGUGCCGGAAGCUAGCACCAGGCACCAAAGAGUACCAGAAGGUGCAAGAAGAGGUCCUAAAAGAGUACAAAAAGAUGAAACAACACAGCCCCAACUAUCACGAGGAGAAACAGCGCUGCGAGUACCUGCACAACAAGUUGGCCCACAUCAAGCGGCUAAUAGCUGAUUUUGACCAGCGCCGAGCCCAGGCCUGGUGCUGAGAGCACAACACAGCUCAGCACAGCCUCUUCAAUAAUCAGUAUUGAGAACAAAGUGUCGAACCAGGAGGGGACGUCCAACUGGCUCUUAUUUAUUACUCCCCCUUCUGUUACUGCCUCCACAGCAGCCCCUCUCCUCCUCUUCCUCCCCUCCUUUUUUUCCACCCUCCUAUUUCAUUCCUACCUUCUCUUCUGAUCUUUAAUUCCACGGGCAUCAUUUUUGCCUGCAACCUUAAAAUCUGACUUUGACAUUACCCCUAUCUUUAUGAUUUCUCAAUGUUUUUUUUUUUUUUUCUUUCAAUGAGCUCCUGUGAAAUUUCAUACCACUGGACCAGUGGAUGGGGCUACAUGCAUGUGUGAAGGGGUUUUGGGGAAACAAACUUAAACACUUCUAACCUUUGAAGGACUUACUCAUGAGUCAAAAAAGAACAAAAAAAGUAUUUUUGAGCAUCAGAAAAAUUAUUAACAUGUAUUUAAGUAAAAAAAAAAAAAGAGGGAGAUCUAUUUAUUUUGGGACUUGUAGUGCAAAAGAAGAGUCCGCAAAUGAUAUAUUGUUUAACUUUUGUUGAAAACAAUGCAAAAAAAAAAUUUACCGUGGGCCUUAUGUAUUUGACUUUGUGAAGCCAUUUUGCACGCAAGAUCCAUAUGUCAUCUCAUCUGGCAAAGAUUUGUCUCCUGCCUCAUUUCCUCUCAUCCUAAAUAAUCUGUAAUGGAUGAGUUGGCUUUAGCACAUUACUGUCAUCGAUGCUGAGGAUGGAGGAAAUGAGACGGGCAGGAGAAGUCACUUACGCCAACUGAGGAACGACAACAGUAUGUGUGCAUGGAUUGUAAAUUUAGAUGUAAUGGCCAUGUGGGGUGGUUAGGGAGGGGUAACUAAAGGUGUAUAUGAUCCCCUCUGAGGGGGGGAAAGUAUUCCCUGCACCAACAGUGUUUCGUGUUCACGGUGCAUUAUGGGUGCCUUAAGGUGUUUACACUCGAGCACGUCGAGUUGGGCCAACCCUUAGGGUUUGCAGGCUACACAAAGGAACUACAACUGCCUGGUAACAGGUGUGUGUGUGCGUGUGUGUGUGUGUGUUGAGAGAAUGGAUGUUGGAGUGGUUGAGGAUGGAAGGGAUGUUAAAGUCUGGUAAGGAGUCGAAGUGUUACAAACUGUGUGUGUUUUGUAUGCAUGUGAUGUGGAGUGACAGGUGAAAGAUAAAAUGUGGGGAUAAAUAUGAAAAACGACAAAAAAAGCUGCUAUAGUGUUUGUCCAGUCAGAGCACUCAGGAUCAACCUGGCUGGAGUAACAGUACCUUAUCUUAAUCGAAGAGAUGGAGAAGAUCUUUAUUUUCCAGAGAGUCAUCUGUAGACCAUGGAAAGGCCCACCUCUCCAGCUGUAUCCUGUGGCAAACACUGUUUCUGUUUUCGAGAGGAAAAAAAAAAGUCAUCCACCAGAGGACAUAUCUGUAUGAUGAUGUCAAAUGUAUUUGAAUCUCAGUUGAAGUUCUGAGUAAUUUUUUUUUUUUCCAACACUGAGAAUGAUUUACUUCGAUGGAUGGAUAGGUGGGAUCUAUGAAAAAUAAGAAUAUAUUUUUGAGUCUUUAUUUCAACAAGGGAAAAAUUGUUUACAAGCCUGUGUUAGACUGUUUGCCAAAAAUUAAAUACUUUUCUGGUACUGCAUCCAUGGAGUUAAAUUUCUGAUCGGGGCUCAGUUUUAAGGAACAUCAAUACAGGAAUAUGCAUCUCUUGCUGAAGAUGAAUCAAAAAUACUGCAGCAUUUAAUAACAUGCAGAGGAAGAGGAACUGUGAAAGACAUCUAUUGAAAUGGUCAGACGUUUGAUUCAUCUUCAGCAGCCUGGUCUAAGACCAUUUUUGUAAUACAAAAAUUUGACACCUUUUUUUUGGUCAAAAUGGAGAUUCGUGAGGAGACGUUGACCGGUUCUAUACCAUAAAGCUCUUUGGUUGUGGCGAUGUGUCAAAUAGUCGGUCUCUGCAGUAGACUGGCUGUGUUGGUUGUUUGUCAUGAAUCAACUAAAUCGGUUGAACAUUCAUAGUUGGUCUCAAAUUAUUCAGGCCACAAAUCAGCAAUUGUUUCUUGGAGGUGUCAGCAAUAGGUAAAUUGCAAUAGUUAACGGUCAGAUUUGGGUUUUAGGAUCACUUUUCCUCUUGAUAUUUAAUAGUCACAAGGGGCCACCCCAACGGCAAAAUAAACGCUGAAGGCCAUUGGUUUACAUGCAGCCUUUACCCACAUCGUCCACUCAACCUUCCAAAGAUUUCUGUCCUCAGAGAUUUUCUGAAACUUGGUCUGAACAACAUGGAUGAGGGGGGAAAAAGUGACUCAUUAAGGGGAGGAAUGGAGUGAGGCGGUAUGAGCAAAGAGUUGUAAUGAGGAAGUAACAAAACUGAAAAUGCCCCGGCUUUUUUUUUUUUUUUUACUUCCUGAAAAACCACUGAAAAUCAAGUGAGUUUUGAGUGAAAUAUGACCGUCUGAAAAUGUACCAGACAUUUCAAUAAAAAUCAACCUAGUUUUACCUGGAA